UCACCCAGGUGCAGAACAAGUCUGAAAGAGACAACGGAAGGAGUUUCCCGUACUGCGCUGUCGCUCAACGGCUCACACCAAUCACAGCACAGAGUGCCCUCGUGCCCGCCUCUUUGGGGGCGUGUCCCUAGUGAGUGAUAGACGGAGCCGCCCGGCCCCGCUCAACCCAGCCCACGUUGCUGCUUAGAUUGAAAUGCAGAACUCAAGCCUCUUUCAUCCCGGCACAGACUUCCUUUUACUCCUUCCUUUUGCACUCUCGCCGCCUCCUCUCGGGGAGAAGCGGAGUCACCGGCGGCCUGGGGCAACGAUAGGCCGGUCCACUGAGGCCGUGCGAAAAGUUUCUUUCUGGGAGAACGGAACAGGCGCCCCGUUGGUGUACUGCUCGGAGCAAUGGAGCCAGCCUUCGGGGAGGUGAACCAGUUGGGAGGAGUGUUUGUGAACGGGAGGCCGCUGCCCAACGCCAUCCGGCUUCGCAUCGUGGAACUGGCCCAACUGGGCAUCCGACCGUGUGACAUCAGCCGUCAGCUACGGGUCUCGCACGGCUGCGUCAGCAAGAUCCUGGCGCGCUACAACGAGACGGGCUCGAUCUUGCCAGGGGCCAUCGGGGGUAGCAAGCCCCGGGUCACCACCCCCACCGUAGUGAAACACAUCCGGACCUACAAGCAGAGGGACCCCGGCAUCUUCGCCUGGGAGAUUAGGGACCGCCUGCUCGCGGACGGAGUGUGCGACAAGUACAACGUGCCCUCGGUGAGCUCCAUCAGCCGCAUCCUGCGCAACAAGAUCGGCAACCUGGGCCAGCAGGGCCACUACGACUCAUACAAGCAGCAACAGCCGGCGCCGCAGCCCACGUUGCCCUACAACCACAUCUAUUCGUACACUAGCCCCAUCACUGCGGCGGCCGCCAAAGUACCCACGCCGCCCGGGGUGCCAGCCAUCCCCGGCUCGGUGGCCAUGCCGCGCACCUGGCCCUCCUCGCACUCCGUCACCGACAUACUGGGCAUCCGCUCUAUCACCGACCAAGUGAGUGACAGCUCCCCCUACCACAGCCCCAAGGUGGAGGAGUGGAGCAGCCUGGGCCGCAACAACUUCCCAGCCGCCGCGCCUCACGCAGUGAAUGGGCUGGAGAAGGGAGCCUUGGAGCAGGAAGCCAAGUUCAGUCAGGCACCAAAUGGCCUCCCAGCUGUGAGCAGUUUUGUGUCAGCAUCCGGCAUGGCUCCUUACCCUACCCCGGCCCAAGUGUCGCCUUAUAUGACCUACAGCGCUGCUCCUUCUGGUUAUGUUGCUGGACAUGGGUGGCAACAUGCCAGCGGCACCCCGCUUUCCCCCCACAACUGUGACAUUCCCGUAUCGCUGGCGUUCAAGGGAAUGCAGGCAGCCAGAGAAGGUAGUCACUCUGUCGUGGCCUCUGCGCUCUGAUGGGAAAUUCUGUCUCCAGCAGCGUUACCCAGGUCUCCCCCUCAGCACAUCCUCUCCCUCUUCGCAGGUCUCAGACCCCAACCCCUCCUGCCCCCCAACCCUUCUGCCUCCGAGAGCUGGCUUUAUGGACUCACAUCCUUUGUGCUGAUGACACUUAAAUAUGUCUUGCCAUAACUUCUCUCUCACAGAAAACCUGACCUGACUUCAGGAUUUAAAAACAAAUGCAACGUUAAGGAUUGAAUGAGACAUUUGGAUUGCCCACACACUGUUUUAAGUAGUGAAGAAACCUGCACCCCUCAAAGGGCUUAAAGAACUUUUAAAAACUAGUCUUUGGUAAAACCACACAUGUAUAUUUAUUCUAAAUCAACCUGAACUUUUGAAACGUGCAAUUGUUGAGAUUUUGCAAAAUCAAUAAAGGAAAAUACAGAAAAACAAGUUAUGCUACACCCUCUAAUCAAAUAACGUAACCAAGUAAGCCUUAAUUCAUCAUUAGGAAACGAAUCAAUAAUUGACUUGUUUGAGUGAUCCUUUGUUUACUUUUAAGAAAUGACCUGUUUUGUCGAAAAAUAUGUGUAGAACCCAAACGAUAUCUGAAUUUAGCACCUCCUGGCAUUUUGACUUGGUUCCAAAUAUAAUAAUGUUUAUAUUUUCUAUUAAUUUGUAAAUAUGGACUCUGAAUGGCGUUUGUGUUUUCAUUCCAUGGGCUAUCCCCCUCCCCACCCUAGAUAUAUAUAUUUUUUUCUUUCUUUUCGAAAAGGUGACUUUCUGGCAACAUCUUUGUCUGUGUUUGGUGGUGGGCUGCUCGGGCUCCUGGACCUGGACUUGCCCCAAAUUUUGCGUGUGCAGUGAAGGUUUCAACAUCUUAUGAAGGACAUUUUUUUUUUUUUUCCUAUGGCAGAGGACUCAAAAAAGCAGAUAAAACAAGCCAGUUUCCCAUUUUGUAUCCUAAUUAAACAAUACACAUGCCAAGCAUAUGAAGACAAGGGGGUGGAAAAUAUCUGAACAGGAAGGCUCUAAAGGAAGUCACUUAGAAACUUAAGUUUAAUGUGAAAUGCUUUGCAAAGACACUUAAAAUGAACUUUAUGUUGAGAAAACCACUGUGAAAUGAAAUUGUACUGUUAUUGUUGGCUUACCUGUGUGUUCAGCAAUCUCAGCCCAAAAUUAUGUUGUAAUUUAAGGAAAGCGUAAAAUUCUGCUCUAAUGAAUGUAAAAAUGGCUUGCUGUGAAGUUUACAUUGUUGUACAGAAGCGUGUUUCAUGUGUACGCAAUGGUGGUGGUAUUAGAAAUACAAAUGCUAUUUAAUUUUAACAAACUCCCCUUAUUCAUUUUUGGAGUUACAGGACACAGUUCAACUGAUAAA